GCCGGAAGUCUUUGACCUGAGAAUGCUCUGCCUGCCCUGGAGCCAGGUACUAUUUCCUUUCUUUACAGCUGAGAUCACUCUGCCUUCCGGAAGCCAGCUCUGUGCACGAGGGUCCCAGGAGUCCUGGAGCUAGAGGGAAUGGCCCCUGGGAGCCUCAGACGUCCACCUCAGGAGUUGGUGACAUUCAAGGAUGUGGCUGUGGAUUUCACCCAGGAGGAGUGGGGCCUCUUGGACCAUCCUCAGAAGCAGUUGUACAAGGAGGUCAUGCUGGAGAAUGCUCAGAAUCUGCUCUCCCUGGGACUUCCAGUUCCCAGAGAAGAUGUGAUCUCUUAUUUUGAGCAAAGGGAAGCACCAGGAAUGUUGGAGCCAGUAGCCCUGAGGAGCUGUUGUCCAGAAGGAGAGAUCAGACUUGAAAUAAAGGAAAGUAGUGCAGAGCUAAGCCUUUCUCUGGAAGAAACCCACAAACUUCACAAGAGAGAAAUCUGUGCUGCACGUGAGAGAAUCGCCACUGGAGAGAAACUGUAUGACAGUAAUCAGUGUGGAAAGGCUUUCAGAUCCAGCUCCAAUCUUACUGCUCAUCAGAGAAUCCACACUAGAGAGAAACCUUAUGAAUGUAAACAAUGUGGAAAGACUUUUAGACGAAGCUCUAAACUUCAUGUACACCAGAGAAUCCACACUGGAGAGAGACCUUAUGAAUGUAAGCAAUGUGGAAAGGCUUAUACAUGUAGGUCAAUUCUUAAUAACCAUCAGAGAAUCCAUACUGGAGAGAAACCUUAUGAAUGUAAACAAUGUGGAAAGGCUUUUACAAGUUGUUUUAAUUUUAAGGAACAUAAAAGAAUCCACACUGGAGAGAAACCUUAUGAAUGUGAACAGUGUGGAAAGACUUUUACUCGGAGGUGUUAUCUUACUGUGCAUCAGACAAGCCACACUGGAGAGAGACCUUAUCAAUGUGAACAAUGUGAAAAGACUUAUAAAUAUAGGAAUAGUCUUCAUAGACAUCAGUUAAUCCAUACUGGAGAGAAACCUUAUGAAUGUAAUCAGUGUGGAAAGGUUUUUACCUUUAGGUCUAUUCUUAACAAACAUCAGAGAAUCCACACUAGAACGACACCUUAUGAAUGUAAACAAUGUGGAAUUACUUAUAAACAUGGGAGUAGUCUUAAUCUACAUCAGUUAAUCCACACUGGAAAGAAACCUUAUGAAUGUAAUCAUUGUGGAAAGGUGUUUGUCUGUAGGUAUACUCUUAACAAACAUCAGAGAAUCCACACUAGAAAGACACCUUAUGAAUGUAAACAAUGUGGAAAGACUUAUAAACAUAGAAGUAGUCUUGAUUUACAUCAGUUAAUCCACACUGGAGAGAAACCUUAUGAAUGUAAUCAGUGUGGAAAGGUUUUUACCUGUACGUAUACUCUUAACAAACAUAAGAGAAUCCACACUAGAAAGACACCUUAUGAAUGUAAACAAUGUGGAAAGACUUAUAAACAUAGAAGUAGUCUUGAUUUACAUCAGUUAAUCCACACUGGAGAGAAACCUUAUGAAUGUAAUCAGUGUGGAAAGGUUUUUACCUGUACGUAUACUCUUAACAAACAUAAGAGAAUCCACACUAGAAAGACACCUUAUGAAUGUGAACAAUGUGGAAAGACUUAUAAACAUAGAAGUAGUCUUGAUUUACAUCAAUUAAUCCACACUGGAGAGAAGCCUUAUGAAUGUAAUCAGUGUGGAAAGGCUUUUACCUGUAGGUAUACUCUUAACAAACAUCAGAGAAUCCACACUAGAAAGACACCUUAUGAAUGUGAACAAUGUGGAAAGACUUAUAAACAUAGAAGUAGUCUUGAUUUACAUCAGUUAAUCCACACUGGAGAGAAACCUUAUGAAUGUAAUCAGUGUGGAAAGGUUUUUACCUGUACGUAUACUCUUAACAAACAUCAGAGAAUCCACACUAGAAAGACACCUUAUGAAUGUGAACAAUGUGGAAAGACUUAUAAACAUAGAAGUAGUCUUGAUUUACAUCAAUUAAUCCACACUGGAGAGAAGCCUUAUGAAUGUAAUCAGUGUGGAAAGGCUUUUACCUGUAGGUAUACUCUUAACAAACAUCAGAGAAUCCACACUAGAAAAACACCUUAUGAAUGUAAACAAUGAGGAAAGUCUUUUACACAGAGGGCUUAUCUCAAUAUACAUAAGAGAAUCCACAAUGGAGAGCAAUUAUGCCCAAGACAUUAUUAAACUACCCAUAUCUUUUGGCCCUGCAAUGCCACUAUCAUGUAUAUUUUGAAACAUGAUUUGCAAAAAGAGAAAAGAACCCCUUAUGUCCUAAAAUAUUUAUAGGAGCUCUCUUUGUGCUGAAAAAGAAUUGGAAAUUUCAGGGAUACUGUCAAUUGGGGAAUGGUUGGACAAGUUGUGAUAUAUGAUUGUGAUGGAAUACCACUAUGCUAGAAGAAAUGAUGAGCUUGUUGGUUUGGGGAAAACAUGGGAAAAUUUGCACAAAAUAAUGAGGAGCAAAAUGAAGUGGUUCUGCUCACUUCACUAUACAUCAGUUCAUGUCAGUCUUUCCAGGCCUUUUUGAAAUCGUCCUGUUUGUCAUUUCUUAUAGCACAAUAAUAGAGAAUUAAUAUUACAAGGUGAGCUUUUACCAGGGAGGGGCUGAGGGACAUGGCUUUGAUUUUUGUCAGCACUCUCUUAGAUCCUGCCACCUCCAGCAAUCUGUACAAAAGAAUCUAUUUUCCACUUACUCCUUCCUGGUGGGGUGAAUUCUUUGGACAACCUCAGAAAUGUCCUUGAGAGACCUGGCUUUGAAUAUUUAAGCAACAAGGAGAGGAUCUUUGGGUCCCAUAUAUAAAAAUCAUUAUUAACAAAAUAAUCUUUUUUCUCAAACAUUGUCUUCCUUUGUGUCCUUUGUAGUUAAUUUGGGUAUUUAUAAUAGUCAAAAUGACUUAAUUGCUUAGAGUUGUUCUUGAAACAGCAUUGCUAUUACUAUACACAAUAUUCUCUUAGUUCUUUUUUUUUUUUAAGGUAAUGAGUGUUAAGUGACUUGCCCAGGGCCACAGAGCUAGUAUGGGUCAAGUGUUUGAGGCCGGAUUUGAACUAUUAAUGGUUAGUGGUUCCUAGUUACUGUCUCUCUUGAUGGUUAGAGUUGAUAGGGACAAACCCUCUUGGUUACUGUAAGAACACAAACCUUAGUUUUUCUGUUAACCUUUUUAGGUACUAUUGAGAGAUUAUAAAUUAUAAAGAACAAGACUAGUCAAAAGGGGAUUCUACAUGAGUAACUAAAAUGAAAAAAGGAGGAAGAAAGAUAGGAAAAUGAGAUAAAAGCAGGAGAGAAGUGCAAAUUUCUAGAGAAACUAGAGUUAAAAGACUUAAGUCAUCUUCUAAAUAGGACAACUAAGGAAUACUCAUAUUUCUUUGCAACACAUGGAACUUCAACAAAAAUCAAGCACUAGGGCCCAGAGAUAGAGCAAAUGAGUGUAAAAAGGCAGAAAUAAUCAAUAUACAACCAAAAGACUAAUAAACUGAAUAUGCAUUUUAAAAAUCUAGAAAAGUAAAUAAAUCUAAAAGAAGUACAAAAGGGUUACGUGAUUUAGACAUAAAGGGAGAUACCAUAGGUAAAUUAG